GUUAUCGUAUCAGUUGGUUGUGAGAUCUUCUCAGCACAGCAUACAUCAGCUCCCGAUCUGCGUUUCGUAGUACCGUGACGUGUUUAGCAAAGCACACAGUGCAAAAUGUUCCGAAAAUUGGUCGUUGCCUCCCUCCUAGUCUCGCUGGUCGUGGCUCUCCCCCAGCGGUCUCAGUCCCGCAGCGGUGGCGGCGGUGGUGGUGGCGGCGAUGAAGCCGGCGCCGAAACCCUUAACCAGGACACCGUGAUCAAUGCGGACGGUUCGUACACUUACAACUACGAGACGAGCAACGGCAUCAGUGCGUCCCAGGCCAGUAACGACGGAACCAACGCCAACGGCAACUUCGCCUUCACCGCACCGGACGGUGUGCGGUACGAGAUCGUGUACAUUGCCGACGAGAAUGGAUUCCAGCCGCAGGGUGCUCAUCUGCCGACGGAACCGCCAGCACCCGAUCACGUGAUCAAGAUGCUGGAGGAUAUGCGCGCCAACCCACCAGAGGGCGCCGACCUUGAGUCGCUCGAUGCUACCCUGAACCGACUGCGCGCCACCCUCGGUUAGAGGAUGGGAUCGUGACAGUGGGUUGGCUACUGGAAGCUAACCCAUAGCCCACCCCACGGAUAGGUUAGUGAGAUGAAAGUGUACAGGGUACUAGAUAAAGGGAGCGUGCGCUAGCGAUCGUACGCUAGUGUGUGUUUGUAAAACAAUGUAAAAUAUGAAAGCCUCGCCAUUUGCUCGGAAAAAAUAA